UAUAAAAACUUUAUAUUAUGCGGAGAACUUAACUAUUGUUGUCUUUUGUGCCAAGAAAGUUUUAUUCGGAAAUAUUAUGUUGAUAAACACCUGGUAUGGGAGGAUCACAAGAACAACAUGAAAAAACAAGAAUAUUUUCCUAAGUUCAGAAAAGAUUUUAUUUAUAAGAUUCCUGAUGGCAGAUUCUAUUGUGAAUUUUGUAAUUUAGCUUUUAAAACAGUAGAGGAUCAUAUUAAAGAAAAAACACACCAAGACUUAAAAAUUUCGAAGACUUCAGCAAAUAGAAGGUCGUCAGUUGCUAAAUAUAUAGAUAAGUUCACAAUAAAAAUAUCAAGCGAAAAAAUUACAAUUGCAAACUGGCACGGUUUAAGUUUAAGAGAUAAUAUGUGUUUGUUAUGUAAUGAAUCGUUUGGAAUACUAUUGAAACAUAUAGCAUCCUAUAACCAUGUGGUAAAACUAAUAGAAUCUGAAACUAUAUCAGAGAAUGGCAAUCAUUACAGAAAGCAAGGCAAAAAUAGUUUUUAUUGCUUCAUCUGCUUCAAAGUAUAUGAUAAAGAUGAUCUUGAUGCACAUUGGACUGAAUGUCAUCAGAACAGUCAGAAAUUACGCGAAGAAAAAGAUAACAAAGAAAAUAUGAAGAAAGCAUUGAAGACCAAAAUAACAGACUUGAGAGCAAAGUUGAGAGAAAAAAGUCAAUAUUUUAAUUUCGACGUUGCAAAUAAAGCUGUUUGCUUACAAUGUAAAAAAGAAUUGGAUUUAGAAUAUGACGCCAUGGAAAGCCAUAUAAGGAAUCAUGAACAAGAAAAAAUAAUAGAUGCAUUUCAACGAACCUUCAUAGACAGGGGCAAGAGAAGGGCUGAGUUAGCCGAUUAUGGCAAAAAGAAUUUUAUAAUGUUAAAUCGAGGUGGUAGUAUGGGUUAUUGCACCUUAUGUUACACAUACGUGUCUGCUCACAUCAAUGUUGCGAAACAACACGUAGAAGGUACGAUACACAGGGGACACUUAGAGCUCAGAGGUUUGAUACAGGAACAAAAACAUGAAGCAUUACCUUAUGAACUCAUUUCUCAAAAAAACUUUGUUGAAUUAAUGCGUGGUCCGCAUAAAAUUGAUGACAUGAGUCUAACAUGUAUAAAUAAUGAUAUAUGUGUGAGUGUUAUGAGUUACAUGCUAAUUUCUAGAAAUUAUAAUUUCAAUGACGAUAUAUUUAAGUGUUACUGUUGCAAUGAAAUAGUGAGUUGCUUCGACUUGCACAAACACACAAGCCUUAAGGAGCAUAAAAAAAUUAUCUAUGAACUUAAAGUUUUACUUAUACCUACAAAUGAUGGUAUUGAAUUUAUUCGACAGAUUCAUCCAAAUCUUUAUCAUUGUGGAUAUUGCCAUACCGUCUUUCCAUUUUGGGAAAAUGUAAAGAAACAUUUGAAAAACUUUAAGCAUAGGGAAAACCGAAUAAAGGCAAAAAGGUUAAGUUAUCUAUGCAAUGAAGCCUUUGAUAAAUAUCCAGAACUUUUCUCCAAUGCGAUGCAGUACAGAAAAAGGACUCUAUCAAAUUCUUCCAGAAAAGAUUAAUAUUAAUUUUUUUUAUAGGUAGUUUAAUUUUUGACAGUAAUGGUUUUUAAUAUCUAUGUAAAAAAAAGCUAAUAAACUUGUGAUUUUUGUAACUGUA